GUCUGCUUAUCUUUCUCUUCUGUUGUUUUCCCUUUUUGAGAAUCUCGGAGUCCUCUUUUAUCCCAAAGUGUUGGAAACUUUAACUUAGAACAAUGAUCUUCGAAAUCGUAUACCCAGAACUCAUUUCCACUCGAAAGCUCAAAGUCGAUGGGUCCAAUUUUGACAGCUGGAAGAACAAGAUCGAGUUAGUCCUUUCCGACUUGAAAGUCGACUACGUCCUCACCGAUCCCAAGCCCACCGAUCCCACCGACGAUUCUUCCGAGGAGCAUCGGGAAUUGCACAGAAAAUGGCUCUCCGACGACUCAACCUGCCGUCACCUCAUGCUCGGGGCCAUGGACGAUAAGAUGUUCGGCUUCUCCAAUGGCUACAAGACCACCGAAGCCAUGAUGGACGCCCUCACCAAGCUAUUCGACACUAACUCGUUGCCUCACCGCAUGUCCCUGUUGAGGAAAUAUACCCAGCAUAAGAUGUCGGAGGAAACUAACAUCAACGAUCACUUGAUCGAGAUGGGUUCUAUGGUCGUCGAACUUGAGAGGGCCGGUUUGCCGGUUCCGGAGGCCAUGCAAGUCGCUAUUUUGAUGAACAGCUUGCCAGAGUCGUGGCAAUCCGUGAUGGGUUUGAUCAUGCUCAUGAAACCCGAUGAAUGGUCUUUAAACAGUGUGAGUAGACAUCUUGGAGUUGCAGGGGAUUUGAUGGCCUGGAAAUCCCGUAAUGGUGGGGAAGAUGAAACCUCCAACAAAAAACAGAGAAAGGAGGGCGGUUUCAAGGGCAACUGUUUCUCGUGUGGAAAGCGUGGACAUUGUCAGUCAGAUUGUCCCAAUAAGGACUGAUGAAGGAAGUAGCAGAGGAAAUCAGGGUUACCAAAUAUUUCACAAAUGAGAUCUGAAAGGUGAUGGAUUUUAUGGUCUCGUGUAGAUGUUUGUACUUUCUGUUAUUUGGUUUAAAUAAACCAUACAUAACAUUAAGAUAGUUGUAAGAAUGGUUCACUGAUUGAUGUUAAGGAUUUGAUUUCUGUUGGAAUUUA